GAAGUAGGAGCCAUGGCUACAACAGCUCAGUAUAUUCCUCGGAAUAACUCUUUGCCUUCUAACCCGCUCAUGCAUCCGGAUUCGGACAGGAUGCACCAGGGGACGACUUACAGAGAGGUGCAAAAAAUGAUGCACCACGAGUAUUUGCAAGGACUUGCGGCGACCAACACGGGACAUCCGAUGACCCUCACGCACCACCAGUGGCUGCCCACCUCCAACACCGACUGGACCAGCGGAACCCACAUUGGACAGCCGGAGCACAACAAAUCCGGUGUCCAGGCCAGCCGAGAGGAUCUGAGCAGCGGCUUUCACCACAGAUCGCACCUGGUGCACCAGCAGACGCCGAACAGCCACCACGGGUCAUGGGCUCCCACCACCACCCAUCACCUGUCCCCGCUCUCCCCUGCCUCCAACGGCCACCAGUCGCUGGUCUAUUCCCAGCCGGGGUACACGAACCUCAGCGCCAUGCUGAGCCCGCAGCCGUCCUCCCUGCAUCACAGCAUGAGGGACUCGCUCCACGAAGACGCGGGUAGCCAUGACAACCAGAUGGAGUCCCCACAACAGCCGUUCAGCCACCACCAGGAUCACUCGGACGAAGAUGCGCCCAGCUCCGACGACCUGGAGCAGUUCGCCAAGCAGUUCAAACAGCGGCGGAUCAAACUGGGCUUCACGCAGGCGGACGUGGGCUUAGCGCUGGGCACCCUCUACGGCAACGUCUUUUCCCAGACGACUAUCUGCAGGUUUGAAGCGCUGCAACUGAGUUUCAAGAACAUGUGCAAACUUAAGCCGCUGUUGAACAAGUGGCUGGAGGAGACAGACUCCAAUACCGGCAGUCCGACCAAUUUGGACAAGAUUGCCGCUCAGGGCAGGAAACGAAAGAAGAGGACCUCGAUUGAGGUCGGGGUGAAAGGGGCGCUGGAGAACCAUUUCUUAAAAUGCCCCAAACCGUCCGCCCACGAAAUCACCAGUUUAGCGGGCACUCUUCAGUUGGAAAAAGAAGUGGUCCGCGUUUGGUUUUGCAACAGAAGACAGAAAGAGAAAAGAAUGACUCCCGUGGGGGUGCCUCAUCCGAGCAUGGAGGACGUAUACUCACAGGCGGAGACUCCGCCUCUCCACCACGCGCUACAGAGCCCGGUCCAGUGACUGUUUUCAU